CUUAGAAAUAGAAAGAUCAUGUCCGACAACGAGUAUGACAGUUAUUCUGAGGAAGAAGAGAUUACUGAUCUCAGUAAUCCUAACGUGGUAGAGAAGUACAAGGUUGCCGCUGAUAUCGUAAACAAGGCUCUGAAGGGAGUUCUUUCUCAGUGCGUUGCUGGAAAGCUCGUUUCUGACAUUUGCUCCUUCGGCGAUUUGCUUAUUGAAAAGCAGUGCGAGCAGAUCUACAAGAACAAGCAACUUGAGAAGGGUAUUGCAUUCCCUACCUGCGUGUCUGUAAAUGAUAUGGUGUGCCACUACUCUCCUUACCCCGACGAGUCCAUAAAGCUGUCUCCUGGAGAUGUUGUGAAGGUGGAUCUGGGUUGCCACAUUGACGGCUUCAUCGCCUUGGCUGCGAACACCGUGAUCAUUCCCUCCGAGACCGAGGAGGAAUCCAAGAAGAAGGCCAUCAACGAUUUGAUGGCAGCUGCUCGCAUCAUGGGAGACGUCUGCCACCGUCUGAUCAAGCCGGACAACACCAACACCAUGGUCACCCAGGCCCUGGCGAAGGUGGCGGAGGCGUACGACGUGCGAUUGGUGCAGGGCAUUCUGAUGCACCAGAUGAAGCAGUUCGUGAUCGACGGCAACAACGUGAUCCUGGCGGCUCCUUCCUCGACGGAGCGCGUGGACGAGGUGGUGUUCCGUCCGAACGAGGUGUACACGGUGGACAUCGCGCUCACCAAGGGCUCGGGCAAGACUCGCGACAUCGGUACGCGCACCACGGUGUACCGCCGCAACCUGGAGAGCCGCUACAUGGUGAAGAUGAAGGCUUCGCGCGCGGUGCUGAGCGAGGUGGAUCGCCGCUUCCCCAGCUUCCCGUUCUCGUGCAGAGCGCUGGAGGAGAAGUCGACGCGCAUGGGCGUGGUGGAGCUGGUGAACCACGAUCUGCUGGAGCCCUAUCCCGUGAUCUACACCUCAGAUCGCGAGGUGGCUGUGCACUACAAGUUCACCGUGCUGCUGACUCUCAACGGAACCAGCCGCAUCAGCGGAGAAACCAUCGAUCUGGCCGCGUAUCCCUCCGAGAAGAAGGUCGAAGACGCUGAGAUUCUGGAGAUCCUGAAGCAGUCUCCGGUCAAGUCGAAGAAGGCCAAGGCCAAGGCUAAGGCUAAGGCCAAGAAGGCUGCUGCUGCUGCUGCCGCCGCUGCCGCUGCUGCUGCAGAGGAGACGAAGGAGGCAUAAUCUGGUUUUCGAUAAGUCAUCA